UGUACCUCCAAUGAGGCGCCCCAGGGCUGUGCCUCAGUUUCCCCAUGGCCACAGGGCCCAUGAUGGUGACUUCUCCAUUGGCCAAUAUUGGGGUUCAGCUGGGUUGCACCCCCAAAUCCUGCCCCCAGGGCUGUGCCUCAGUUUCCCCACGGCCACAGGGUCCAUGGUGGUGUCUGAUAUUGGGGUUCACCUGGAUCGCACCCCCAAAUGCUGCCCCAGGGCCGUGCCUCAGUUUCCCCGGGCCGGCCGUCAUGCUCCGGCGCGCCGGGCCCAGCCCCGGGCACAGUCCGCUGGGUGGUGGCCACCGCGGUGACGCACGGGCCGGGUCAGCCCGGCCGAGCCCCGGGGAGGAGGAGCAGGAACGGGAGGAGGAGGAGGAGGAGGGAUGAAGGCCCCGCGGGCGCCGGAUCUCACCUGCUCAGCAUGCGGGCGCCGUGGGUGCUGGUGCUGGCGCUGAGCUGCCGGGGGGCAGGCGCCUUCGUGGUGCACGUGUCCAGCUCGUGCGCGCUGGCGCCCAACGGCUCGGCGCUGGCCUUCGACUUCACCUUCCUCUUCAACAAGAACCCGCUGGUCUGCUACGACCCCGGCGCGCGGCUCUUUGUGCCCUGCGACUGGGGGCUGCUGCACCGCCACGCCGCCAUCGCGGCCUGGGUGCUGAACAGCAACGCGACCUGGCUGCAGCGCGCCCAGCAGCGCCGCCGCGCCUGCCAGGACCUGGCACACGCGUUCUGGGACGCCGCGGCGCUGCGGCAGACGCCGCCGCGGGUCCGCAUCGUGGCCAGCUCCGUCCCCGGCACCCCCGGCACCGUCCUCACCUGCCACGCCUGGGGCUUCUACCCCCCCGCGGUGACCGUCGAGUGGCUGCGCGACGGCGCCGUGGUGGCCACGGGGGCCACGGCCGCGGUGCUGCCCCGCGGCGACUGGACCUACCAGACGCAGGUGCCGCUGCGCGUGCCCCCCCGCGCCGGGGGCACCUUCACCUGCGCCGUGCGGCACGCCAGCCUGGGCCGGCCCCUCCGGCGCCGCUGGGGUCCCGGCUUGUCCCCGGAGCUGACGGAGAAGGUGGCGGUGGCGGCGGUGACAAUGACAUUGGGGCUGCUCAUCUUCGCCGCUGGCACCUUCUGCUAUUGCCGCCAGGGGCCGGCGGCGGCUCCUGGUCCAGCUCCUGGAUCCGCUCCGGCUCCUGGAUCCGGUCCCCAUCCUGCUCCUGGAUUUGCUCCCAAUCCUGGUCCUGGAUCCGGUCUCAGUUCUGGUCCCGGUUCUUGUCCUGGUCUUGGAUUUGGUCCUAGUCCUGGUCCCUGUCCUGGUCCUGGAUUUGGACCCAGUCCUGGUCCUGGUCCCGGUCCCCACCCCGGUCCCCCCCCGGCCACGUGUGACCGGGCAGUGACCAAACUCUGACCCCGCCGUGGGCACCAGGACCCCAUGGACCACCCUGGGGGGGGCCCCCUCAACCCCCCAAUAAAACCCGCUGUGACCCCCCCGGGCGGCCUCAUCCGUGGUGACCCCGGUGGACGGGGGGGCUCCCAGUGCCCCCAGUUUGGAGGCCCAGAGGCUACUGGGAGGGGGGAGGGGUUAGCCAGCACGCGGAAGUUGUGCUGGGGGACACACGGA